GUUGCAUAUUUGCGCCAUAUUUCCCGUCGACUAAUCUCGAAAUGUUUAAAAGCCUUCACAAAAUAUCGGGAACAGAUAAUAUUUUUAAGAUUCUUCUUAAUAACUUCCACAACGUAAAAUUGUUGUAAACGCUUUGUGUUACCAAACGGAGGCUCAUGAAUGUGAUCCCAUAUGUGGUUAUGUUUGCAUGUUCUACCAUUACCAAAAUCAGCUCAAAAAUUUAGAAGAACAAAUCAAUUCCCCAAAGAAUGAGUUGCGGACAUCAUUAGAACUGAUAAAAUGUCACAACAAUUAAGUCUUCCUAUGCCAUAUUGCUUUUUAACUACGAAUUAUUCUUUUUACAUGUCUUGUAUUGAGAAAAUACAAAAGCUAAACGAGGUUCAAAAGGUAUAAAGAAAGUAAAGAAAUCUAGGAAAAAUCAGUAGUAUUCAAUUUCUACGUUUAUGUUUUAGUGUUUUUUGGCUAACGUAUAUUGUUUAAUAUACGGAGAAAAAAAAAUUAAGUUAUACUCAGCAGAGUACAAAUAUCGUUGAAAAAAAAAAAAAAAAAAGAAGAAAAAAGUAUAAUUGGUUCUUAAGAAAUGUUAAAGAAAACAAAUCCGAGAGGUUCACUUUCGUUGGCUAGUUUAACUAUGCUAAAAAUAGGCGUUCUUAAGGAGUGAAAAAUAUAGAUGGUGACGUAAAUACCGCAAAACAUAUAUGUUUUAUUUCAUUUGAUAAACUAAUACGAAUAAAAAUUAAUAAAAAAAAAUAGUGAUGAUGAAGAAAAUGAAGAGUAAGCGAAAGACUAAAAUUGUUCCCGAAAUGACGCACGUCCACAUCUGUUGAAAAAAACAUCAGUCAUGGAUCUAUCGUCUUCUCUUGGAUCUAUCGUAUUCUCUCUCUAUCGAAGAUCAUUAUCGUUUGUUUUACGUCAAAUCUUGAUAUGAAAGAUUAGUUUGCAUGGUUAGGCAUUUCCCCAUCAAUGACGACCAGAGUGUCCUGCCUACCCAUUUUGGGUUUUGGCCGGGUAAUUCAACCACCCCGGGAGAGGUCACUAGUCGUGUCUUCUCUCCCAAACUUCCGGUGGUAUGCCGGCAACUUCAUAGUAAGCAACCGUUUGGAAUGUUCAAAGGCGAAAAUGCGAUGAACUAUGCAUUUUCGACUUUUUUAAUCGAAGCAAUCAUCAUCAUUUUCUGCAUCAAAUUCGUUAGUUUCGUCCUUCGACCUCUUCGCCAACCUCGUAUAGUCAGCGAGAUCAUUGGUGGAAUGAUGAUAGGACCAUCAAUGCUUGGAGGAAGCCGAAAUUUCAAUUACUAUCUGUUCCCACCGAUCGCGAACUACAUAUGCGCAAACAUAGGACUAAUGGGAUUCUUCUACUUCCUCUUCCUCACGGCCGCGAAGACGGAUGUUGCAUCCAUUGGGAGAGCACCAAGAAAGCACAAGUACAUUGCUGCCAUUGGUGUUAUCGUGCCAAUUAUCUGCGUGGGAGCCGUGGGGAUGGCCAUGCGAGAUAAAAUGGAUGAAAACUUGAAGAAGCCUUCGUCCAUUGGGGGGAUCAUGUUCGCCUUGGCUUUCACCUCUUUCCCUGUCAUUUAUUCUGUUUUGAGAGACAUGAACCUUCUUAACUCCGAGGUGGGCAAGUUCGCCAUGUCGGUGGCUCUCCUUGGAGACAUGGCAGGGGUCUACGUGAUUGUUAUUUUUGAAGCCAUGACGCAGGCUGACGGAGGAGGAGCAUAUGCUCUCUUUUGGUUUCUAGUAUCGGUGGUAAUCUUCGCGGCUUUUAUGCUUUUGGUUGUUAGACGAGCCUUUGAUUGGAUUGUUGCCCAAACGCCUGAAGGAACACUUGUGAACCAAAACUACAUUGUCAUGAUUCUCAUGGGUGUCCUUGCCUCUUGUUUCCUCACCGACAUGUUCGGUCUUUCUAUAGCCGUAGGACCCAUUUGGUUAGGGUUGCUGGUCCCUCAUGGCCCACCGUUGGGUUCGACGUUGGCUGUUCGGAGCGAGACCUUCAUCUAUGAAUUUUUGAUGCCUUUCUCUUAUGCUUUGGUGGGACAAGGCACCAAUAUUCACUACUUUAGAGAUGAGACAUGGCGUGAUCAGCUCUCUCCUCUCUUCUACAUGACCCUCGUCGGCUUCUUCAGUAAGUUUCUCUCUACCGCUGCCACUGCUCUCUUCUUCAAAGUCCCCGCUAGGGACAGUCUCACGCUUGGGUUGAUGAUGAACUUGAGAGGCCAGAUGGAUAUCUUGGUCUACUUGCAUUGGAUCGAUAAACGUAUUGUGGGCUUUCCAGGUUUCACUGUCAUGGUUUUGCAUUCGGUUGUAGUCACGGCCGUAUCGACGCCGCUCAUCAGCUUUCUCUACGAUCCCACUCGGCCAUACCGAAGCAGCAAACACCGCACCAUCCAACACACUCCUCAAAACACCGAGAUGGGACUGGUUCUUGCAGUCUCCAACCACGAAACCUUAUCCGGCUUGAUAACUUUCCUCGACUUCGCCUAUCCCACUAAAAGUAGUCCCUUGUCUAUAUUCGCAGUCCAGCUUGUGGAACUAGCAGGGAGAGCCACGCCGUUGUUUAUUGACCAUGAGCAGCGAAGGGAGGAGGAUGAAGAAGAAUACGAGGAGGAAGAAGAAGACCCUGACCGUACAACGCAAAGUGGGCGAAUAGACCAAGUCCAGAGUGCCUUUAAGUUGUACCAAGAGAAAAGAGAUGAGUGUGUAUCGCUUCGUGCCUACACCGCUCAUGCUCCAAAACGUCUCAUGUACCAAGACAUUUGCGAGCUGGCCUUGGCUAAAAAAGCCGCUUUCAUUCUCUUACCUUAUCAGAAAGAGCGUCUUGAAGACGCUGCCCCUACCGAGCUACGUGACUCCGGCAUGCUAUCUGUGAACGCAGACGUAUUGGAACACACACCUUGCUCUGUAUGUAUCUACUUUGACAAAGGACGGCUUAAGAACGCGGUGGUUCGGUUAUCCAUGGACCUACAACACUCAACAAACUCAAGCCGUAUGAAACAAGAAACAUACCGUUUCGUGGUUUUGUUUCUAGGAGGAGCUGAUAACAGAGAAGCUCUACAUUUAGCCGAUAGAAUGUCGACAAACCCGGACGUAACCUUGACGGUGAUCCGAUUCUUGGCGUUCAACCACGAAGGAGAGGAUGAGAGAGAGAAGAAGCUAGACGAUGGGGUAGUCACGUGGUUUUGGGUCAAGAACGAAGGAAACGAUAGGGUUAGUUACAAAGAGGUUGUAGUUAAAAACGGUGCUGAGACAUUGGCUGCGAUCCAAGCAAUGAAUGUCAACGACUACGAUCUAUGGAUAACCGGAAGAAGAGAAGGGAUCAACCCAAAGAUUCUUGAAGGUUUAUCCACGUGGAGCGAAGACCACCAGCUUGGAGUCAUCGGAGACACCGUGGCUGGAAGCGUUUUCGCCUCCGAGGGAUCGGUGUUGGUGGUGCAGCAACAAGUAAGGAACCAAAAAGGUGGUGAUGGUUUCUUGAAUGGCAAGUUUGAUUACAAGAGUUUCUUAUCUCCUUGGUCUCACUCUCAUAAUUGAUUAGGUUAAAUUUUUGUUUGAGGAUUCGUGUGAAUCAAAAACCAAUUGAUUAGGUUUCUUUUAGUUUGAAUAUCGUGUUGUAUAAUCUGUAUUAUUCAGUGGUUUCGCUUUUUUUUUAGUUGUGUCUAAAUUCGAUACACGAC